AAUCUCAACAGAUUUCAUGCACUCUGGUUUCCUUUCUUUUCUCUUUCCCUCUUCUAUUUUCCUUGACAAAGCACUUUAAGUUGUCCUCUUCACUCCCUCUUUUCUUCAGCUUUCCCUCUUUUUCUGCAUCUUUGCAUGCAAGACUUCCCAUUUUUAUAUACAUUCAACAAAAAUUCUCCCCUUGUUCUACAUCUUUUUGCCACCCUCAUCACAAAGCCAAAAUGUCUUCAGGGUCGAAAAAUAAGCUCCAGAACAUAAAAGAAGAGGAUGUUCCUGCAACUUGGACAUGUCCACCACCAGAAACUCCCACAAAAUCCAUGGAGUUUCUUGCCAGAUCAUGGAGUCUCUCAGCCAUGGAGCUCAGUAAGGCUCUUUCUCACACAGAUUACGCGGUCAGAGAUGCAGAAAAGUUCCCUUUAUUUCCUCUUGGUGGUGCUGAUUCUACAAGCUUUAUGGCCUCAAGUGAAGCACAACAGCAACCAUCACAGCAGCCUGAUAGGCCCCCAACUCCUCCAAGAGGAAGCGAUGAUACAAAGGAAUUGUUUUUACUUCAUCAAGCUCUCAACCCUGAAUUUCUUUCGAAUCAGCAGCUGCUGAGGAAUGGGCUCUACAGAAAUCUCAUGAGGGGGAAGACGAUGGGUAGAUGGAUAAAAGAUCAAAAAGAACGAAGGAAACAUGAGCUUAGAACUCAGAAUGCACAAUUGCAUGCAGCAGUUUCAGUGGCAGGGGUUGCUGCUGCUGUGGCUGCACUUGUAGCCUCUCUGUCGACAUCUCCAGAGACAUCAGUUACCCAACCGAAAGCAACGUCUAAGACAUCUACUGCACUUGCAACUGCAGCAGCAUUAGUAGCAUCACAUUGCAUUGAGAUUGCAGAAGAUUUGGGAGCGGAUAAUGAGCAAAUAUUAACAGCGGUCACCUCUGCAAUCAAUGCAAAGACUAAUGGCGAUAUCAUGACUCUAACUGCUGGAGCAGCCACUGCCCUGAGAGGAGCUGCUACCCUAAGGGCAAGACUUCAGAAGAGAGCUGCAACUGUUUCCCUGCUCGAGGAGCAAGCAGAUGAAGGCAAAGACCAGAACUAUUCACCUGCAUUGAACUUUGUUUCUAGGGGAGGUGAACUUCUUAAACGCACCAGAAAAGGGGAUCUUCACUGGAAACAAGUCUCUUUCAAAAUAAGCUCAAAUUGGCAGGUGAUUGCCAAAAUGAAAAGUAAGCACAUGGCAGGAACAUUCACAAAGAAAAAGAAAUUCGUGGUCUCUGCGGUCUACUAUGACAUUCCAGCAUGGCCUGGAAGGGAGAGAGAAGACAGCGAUGAGCGGAGGGCUUACUUUGGCAUAAAAGCUUCAGAGAGGAUAAUCGAAUUCGAAUGCAGAAACAAAGGUGACAAGCUGGUAUGGAUUGAGGGGAUCCAGAAUAUGUUAGAUUGUCGUGCCAAUGUAUAAAUGUAAAUUGGAAUGUUGCAGACUUGCAGUGGCUUAAUGGAAAUAAAUUUAGUUUUUGAACAUUUCAGAGUAUUGAUGUUAGAUUGAUGCUGCACUGUAAGAGGAAAGAUCAGUGACCUCGUCUGUAUGCAAGGGCGGAUGUAGGAAGAGACACGGGGGAUAGGUGUCCCCUCUAAAAAUUUUAUUUACAUUUUUUCACCAUUCUAAAUUUCAUAAAAUUAUAAAAAUGCCCCCCAAAAUUUUAAAUA